UAUUGUUUCAUUAAAGUAUUUUGGAUAUUUAAUAAUUGCUUAAUGGGAAAAUUAAAAGACGAAAUAACAUCAACUUCUGGAUCGCCAGUCAAAGGUCAUCAAUCUACAAGCCAAGCUGAGUCACUUCAAAAAGCAAAAAAGAGGAAACACGAAGAAGAAUCUUGCCAGAACAACGGCGAUCAUAAAGAUGAAAGUAUUGUUCUCGAAACUCCUCAUGCAUCAUUUUCUGAAGUUACUACUGCAAGGAUAGAUUCUGUUGAAAAUACGUCUCACCAAAAGAAAAAGAAGAAAAAGAAACGAAUUUUGGACGAUUCAAUGACUGAUGGUGGCGAUGCUAGUUUUGUUGGAGCUUCUACUAAUAACAACAAUUUAAUCCCUUCUACAAGUCAAAUAAAGGAACCAAAAGCGGCCGACUAUUCACAUUCUGAAGAAGAUGAAGUUGAUUUGGAAAAAAUGCAUGAACGUGAUGGUUCUAUAACUUCAAAUACUCCGGCAGUUAAUGUUAUGCCGAAGGAUAUGUAUAGCUUUUGCAAGUAUCUUUUGGAUCUGGAUGAGCAGAAAACCUUACAUUUGACUGGUAGAAAAGCCAAUGUUAAAUUUAAUACGCUUUUACGAGAUGUCCCAAAUGUUGAUCCUUCUUACGAUUUAGCUCAAUUACAAGCUUGUUUUGUUCAAUUUUAUCGUUGGGCAACAUUAAUGUCAGAAGUUCCUAUGGCUGAAGCACUUAAAAAAGUUAUGGAUUUUGUUCAAACUGAUCAUAUUCUUCAACGUUAUCCAGAAUUUCCAAAAUUAAAAUCUCUUUGGCAUAUUUUUAUAAAUAAAUGUGGAGUGGAUCAGGCACAAUUAUUUGGAAAAAAUAACAAUUUGAGGGAUACUUUUAGAGAUAAAGAUAAUAAAAAAGUUAUUGAAGCUGAAGAGGAAUUUAAACAAAGAAAACAUGAUGUAAUCGUGGCUUGUAAGGAUUUUCUUGAAAAAUACAAGAAUAGUUUGUUUGAACCUCAAAUUACUAGCAUUCAAAAGAAGGUAUUCAAAUUGGAGAAGGAAAUGGCGUUAGACAAUCAAGUCAAAGGUAGAACUGAAAGGAAACAGAAAAAGCCAAAAGCAACAGCAUUUGAUUUAUUUAAGAAAACGAAGGAAGGAAAAUAUCUAAAUUUGCCAGAAGAAGAGCGUGAGAGAAAACUUUUGCGUCAAUUUGAUAAAUUGGAUCCAGUGCAGCGAAAUAUUUACGAAACAAUUGCAGAAAAGAUUUGA